UCAGCAAUGUUCAGCGAACAACCCAAAAAUGAUAAAUAAAAAUAAAUAGCUCUAUGAGUGCAAGUAGAGUGCGCGCGCACAUGAAAAAGUUGUGCUAUAUGAAAAUUUUUGAUUGGUUCAGAGCUUUUUUGAUUUGAUUCUUAUAGUUGACAGUUCAAGCUUUAAUUUAAGACUAAUUAGAGACUUCUAUCACCUCGGCAUCAUUCUCUACACGUGAUGAAAAAACGCCAGAUACAGGGUUUUUUGAGACUUUGAGUCCAUUUUUCUCAAAAUCUCGAUGUGAUGAGAACUUUUGGAGGUCAGAUUCGUAUUCAGCGAUUAAAAUCCUAUAAGAAUAGCUAUGUCCGACCUUUGAACCAGAAAAAAGUUAUUUUUUGUCGACCAGUGUUAUUUAAUAAAAAUAAAUGUUUUUUUUUGAAAAUAUGUAUUUUUAUACACAAAAUUACAGAUAAAUCGCGCACUUGAACUAACAAGUAAGCACUGCACUUUACACAUUAAUUAUUCACUAAUUAGAGCUUAAUUUAACUAAAUUAUUUAACAAAUCAACUUAACUAAUCAUAAUUUACCAGUAUCAAUGGUUUUUAACCAUAUUUCAUGUUUUAACAUCUUUUUUUUUUGCCCGAACUUGGUAGUUUUCGGUUGCGGAUGUCAUUCGGCACACUUAUGUGCUUCAGCGGCGUGCUUAAAGUUACCAAAAACAGUGGAACAAUUUGCCAGAGACGUUUACAACUAUUUUGUAAACAGUACUAAACGUAAACAAGAACUACAAGAAUUUCAAAUUUUUGCUGAAGAAGUUGUACACAAAAUACUUAAACUCAGCACAACCAGAUGGCUUUCUUUCAUUAACGUUGUGAAUAGAAUAUUGGAACAGUGGUCCCCUCUGACACUCUACUUUCAAAGCGCUGUUUUAGAGGAUGAUUUACAUUCUGCGAGGCCAAUUUUAGAAGCUUUACACAACCCUGCUUACAAGUUGUAUUUUAAAUUUUUAUCGCAUGCUUUGACGUGGACUGUCAAAUUGAACCUUCAACUACAACGGGAAAAGCCUCAAAUCGCGACAUUGCUCAAAAGUGUUACGGAGAUAUACAAAUCGAUUCUAAAAUGUUUCAUCAAGUCAGACAUUCUCAGCUCUACUGACCUGUCAAGAAUUCAGGUAGAUUAUCCUCGGAAUUUUAAACCACUUGAAGAGAUGUACUUUGGUGCGAAAGUGGAUGCUUUUAUUAAAAGCGACACAGCCAUUGAUCCUAGAGAAUUGCACAAUUUCCGAUUGCGUGCACUUGAUUUUUACAUUGAACUAGCGAAGCAAAUUAAAAUGAGAUUCGAUUUUAAAAACUCUGAUCUGCUGUAUGCAUCGAAUUUUUCUGUUGAAAAUGUUUUAAGCGGCAACAUAAUGUCUAUUUCGGAAUAUGUAAAUUUAUAUCCAUCGAUUGACAGCGACCCGGAAUCUGUGAAUUUGGAAUGGCAAUUGCUUCCUGAAGUAUUUAAUCUUCAAGAAUGUUCGAAUUUGGAUGAUAUCGACUUUUGGUCCAUGGUUGAAAAAAAGAGAAAUGGAGCUGGCGAAUUGGUUUUUUCAAAUUUGAUGAAAGUUGUCAAAUAUAUCAUGGUGUUUCCACAUUCCUCAGCUGCUGCGGAGCGAACAUUUUCACAAUACAAUUUGAUUAAAUCAAAAUUGAGAAACAGAUUAAAAGUAUCGACGGCUGCUGCAAUUUUACGCAUUAAAGAUGGUUUACGGUAUAAUGUUUUAUCUUAUCGAACAAUCACUUUGAAGGAAAUUUCCAGAUAUUUAGAACAGCAAGUUCAGAAUGUUGAACAAGUGGACGACAACGAAGAUAUCGACGACGUUUUUGAAUUAUUAUCGUAAAAACUUUUUACGCUUAUUUUUAAAGCUGUUUUAUACAUGUUAAUAUUUUAAAAGAAUUUAUUUAAAAUAUUUAAAUCUACGUUAAUUACGUGAAAAAUUUAUAUUUAAAUUAAAUAUUAAAUAAACAUUAAAUACAUGCAUAAAAGUUAUCAUUUAUAAUAUUUGAAUUUCCCGCCAUAUUAUUACCUAUUACUACAGAUUUUAUACAUCAGUACAAUUUAGUACAUAUCAGACCUAGAUGUCAGUACAACUCGCCAUUUCAUUCUGGUAACCCUGUACAGAAAAUUUUAAAUUAUUUUUCACAUUAUAUGCUAGUUGAGACUAGUAACAAACAACUCUAGAAAAUUCGUUUCAUAUGUCUAGAUUAAAUUUACCCUCGGAGUACACAUCUCUUUUUCAAUCCAGACUUAAUUUUUUUUUAAAUAUUCUGUAAACCAUGAAGAAUAAGUCUCCGUACUCUAAAUAAGUAAUUAUUUUAUUGAUUAUACAGUUAUAAUAAAAAAGCUCAUUUUU